AUGGCCUUCAAAUCAGCCAGGUGUGGGCUCUCGACCUCGACUCGGGUGCUAAGACAAUGCAGCGCACCUUCGCUGUCCCGGUCCUUCUCCCAGUCGCUGGUUCGACAGGUCACCGCGACCGCUGAAGUCGCCGACCAGCAAUCCGUCCAUUCCAACCUCCCGAGAUGGGCAGUGACUCCGGAGAGGAUGAAGUCCACGAUCCCUCUAGGAGAUAUGAGAAACCCAGACAACCGUCAAGUCUUCAAGGUCAACGAGUCUCAGGAGAAGCUUGAUCGGUUCUACAACAACUUCCUAGGAAGGGAUGGCGAGCUGAUGCUUGGUGACGAAGCAAAGUGGUUGUCUGUCACACACAAGAGCUUUGAUCAGGGAAGAAGAGGCUUCAACGCAAGACUUGCAUAUUAUGGAAAACAAAUUCUCAGGAUGGAGAUAACACAGAUAAUACUUGCAACUCCGCCAGUCCAAAGAGCUGAACGAACAUCGGAAGAUCCCGUCGACUCCCGCAAACCUUUCGAACACCCAGCCCUUGCCCGGGUCGAUAACUUGGCACACAUCAACUUUCGAGACAUCGUAGAUGAGGUCAAGCUUGCGCGGCUGGGUAUGGAGUAUGGACUUCAUGAGGUAGUGAGGUGGCAGCCCAAACAGACUUCUAGCAUGGACUCUUCUGGUCUGCCAUCAGUCUUGCAAAAGAGCAUACACGCUAUAAUAGGCGCAAUUUCUCUGCAACAUGGUGCCGAGGUGGCCCGUCGUGUGUGCAGGGAGAGGAUACUUAAGAAGCUUAAGUGA